UAUUCUGCAUCGGCGGAAUGCGCGAAAAAAAGUAUUUGCUGGUUUCAGAGUCCCUCCCCAGAAUUUAUUGUACGUUCUCCAUUUUCUGUUUGUUCUCAGUUUCUAUUUCGAAGAAAAGGCGUGUAGUCCUGAUAUUAUCGGGUAUUCAUAGUGGUAUAUGUAGUAAAUAAAGUACAGAUAAUGGAUUUCCGGGCUCUCAUUUUAACUGCCCUUGUGUGCUGUAUCGGAGAUCUUUCAGAUGGGAGGGAGGUGAAAGUGGUCUUUGGAAGAGUAGGAGGAGAAGUUAAACUGAAGCCCACUGUGGACCAGCCCAUCACCAGCAUCACAUGGAAAAACGGCCUGAACAAAGCAGCAGAGUGGGGAAAAAAUGUAGAGGCUGGUUAUUAUACGAUAUGUAAUCCCGGACCAAGGUGUCAACUGAAUACUGCAACGGGGGAGCUUACAAUUAUGCAUUUAAAGCUGAAUGAAAAACUGUAUUUCUCUGCUGAAAUAAAUGGAAUGGCAGCUCAGUCAUUUUUUACAGUGAUUGCACUUGAACCAGUGUCCAAACCCAGUGUCAGGAAAACCUGCAAAAAUACCCAGUGUACUUUGGUCUGUGAGGGAAAGGACACCACAUAUACCAAGUACUCCUGGAAGGAGAACAAUGAGAUGAUAGCAGAUGAUACCACAACACUCUAUGUUCAGAAGAGUGAUAAACUGGAUAAAAUCUACACGUGUGUGUUCAGUAACCCUGUGAGUACGGAAGACAGUGACCCUGUCAAGGAACUGGAUUUAUUUCCAGGUGGCUCCAGCGGUGGGCUCAUCGCAGGUUUCGUUUCAUUAAUUUUUGCAGCAGCUGUAUGUUGUGUUAUUGGUUUAUGAUACAAAUUAAUAAUAUUCUGUUUUUUUUCUUGUAUUAAAACAUUUUAUUUUAAAUAAAACUAAAUUCAUAUCCUGGUCCAUAGCUGUAGGCCAAAUGGACGUAUGUAAUGAUAGACAUUAUUAUUCUUAGCGGUGUCUUACAACAGUAACCAUGACUUUCAGAAAAGUUGCUUUUUGUUAAACUUUGGAAGGAAUGUGAUCAUUUGUAUUCCUAGGGAGAAAAAUACAUGUGGUGUUAGGACUAGUUUGCUGUGUCUGCAGACGUCUUCCUAUUAACACGAUAACUGAAAAAGUAUUUGUCCGAUAUUUUUCAAAUUUUGCCGGCACACUGUGGAUGAUGAACUGGAACUGAUCAAAUUUUGAGACGGAUCGCCCCAAAAUCGAAGCAGCGCCUCAUAGUGAUAUCUUAAAAAGGCAGUUUCGGAAACCUGAUCCCAUUAACGCAUAAACUUAUUGCCAUACUUUUGCAAACUUUGCUGACACAUUCUGCUGGUCAUGAACUGGAAAUGAUCGAACUUUGAGACAAAUCACGCUAAAAUUAAAACAGCGCUGCUUAGUGGCAGGAAUAGGAAAGGUGAAAGAAGAUGACAUUUGACCGUAUGAAUGUGAUAAGUAUUGGGUGGAUCUUGUUAUUGCUUCAGAACAACAGUAUAUGGAUGAAGUUCAAGGGAUUUCAUUUUAAGGCAAAAACCACACAGGCGCAGUUCAGGAUGAUGGCCGGACCGCUAGAGUAGACAGAACCACCCUCAGUGCAGUCAAUUCAUGUUCAUUAAAUUAACAUUAGAACGGAGUAUGGAAUAUUAUUUAGUACUACAUAACGUAGAAUAUAAGUAUUAUGAUAUUAUUAAAAAGUAUGCCAAAUAUCCAUGAUGUAAUCUUUACAAUGUAAACAUUAUAAUGUAAUUAACACAAUGUAAUCAAUUCAGUAUGUAUUUGCACCUCGUGUUACCCUAAGAGUUUUUAUUUGCUACUUUAUGUUAGUCCUGAAUCUAUGAAUAUCCACUUUUAUUAAUAUUAUACCUUAUCACUAUGUUAAAGGACAAAUAUAUUAUCAACCCUCUAGCCAGACAAUGUGUAACAGGCUGAAGCUGCCAAAGUUUGCUACUGAAGGAAGGGAUUCGCCUGAGUUCACCAGAAGAACCACCAGGGAAGAAAAAACCACAACAGGAGAGCUUUUUAAUAUCUUUUGUCCUUGUAGCUGCUACAUACUCACUAUUAAAGCCAUGAAGUUGUCUACCUGC